AUGGAGGAGGUUGAAAUUUUGAAGCAGGACAAAGCGACAAAGCAAAGGAAAACCACCUAUUAUGUCUCGCAGGGACGAGCAAUUUGUCAAAUGGUUACUCUUUACAUUCCCAUAGAGGAUAUCAUUACCGAAAAUGAUCGGCAUUGUGAAAAUGGAAACAGCAGCUCCACUCUUGAGCAAGUAUUCAGACAAGAUCGCUUUCAAUGUGGCUAUGUUGAGCUCAUCAAGGUACUGCCAUGGUUUCAUGAUAAGCUGGCAAGUCUUGACCUCAAAGAGUCAGAGGAAAUGCUCAGAAAGCUCAAGCGAGGCAUUGACUCAGCUUGUGGUGACAAUACGGGAACUCUCAAAGAGCUUGUGGCCUCAUGGGUCAAUGUUGAGUGUCAUCUGCCUUCGCUCAUCAGGACCCACGAUAAGCACAGUCAAGGUUUUAAUGGUGCUGGGAGGACCCAGUUAUCAGGGCUGGCAUUCGUGAUCGUACAACUGCCUUCAUUGGUUCUGAAAAUUCUUGGCCAUCAUUUAUGUAUGAAAACUAUAAAGCAGGACACCACAAAUCUGGAGCGCAGUCUAUUCAAGUCAAAGCUGUUAGUUAUGGGGUUCAAGGCCAUUUUUAUUUCCCCCUCCUCUGCCAAUGAAGUGGAUGGUGAUGGCAAUGGCACUGAUAUCAUUAUAUUCGCUAGCUAG